AUGCUACGCUUCCGUUACCACGGAAAUAUCGACGACGUCGACGAGUCUGUGGUACUAUCCCAGCAGGCCUUAGUCCUCCUCCCAGAACGCCAUAUAGACCGGCCGGGCGCGCUGAAUCUUCAUGCAGAGGCGCUCAUUGCCCGCUUUCAUGUUGCUAGCCAGCCCGAGGAUUUAUCUGAAGUCAUAGAGUUCCACCGUGCCGCACUCGAUCAACGACCUGUUGGGCAUACUUCGCGCGAUAUUAGCCUGAACAACUUGGCGAUUGCCCUUCGUCUGCAAUACGAACGCAUGGCACCAGGUGAUCGUCAGCCGUACUUGCAGGAAGCGAUUGAACUACAACAAGAGGCUCUGCACCUUCGACCUCCCGGAAACCCGGACAGAGAGUCUUCUGUCUCUAAUCUU